CCGAGCAAAACCUUCCCCGCUCCUCCACCGCCUCUACCCUAUUCCCAGCCAACAACAAGCACUGUACUGGCUGGCGCUACCCCAGGCAGACGCAGCAUCCCUACUCCUCCACUGUGUCCAUCAAUUCCAACAGCUUCAUCAGCUGCAGGCUACCCCCGGACACUUGGUCAUUCGGCCACCAGCUUAACAAGUUUGCCACUUGCCGCAACCGGUUCGGCAAACAGUAGCCUCCUUUUGCUGGCCGGCAGUGAUAGUGGCUAUCGCCGGCGGCAGCCAGAUCGUAGUAGAGAUGGUUGCGAUGGUGACGAUGAAAUAGAUGACGAAGAUGGUGAAGAAGAGGGAGGAGUAGUCGCUCGUGCUAGAGUACAGCCAGGAUAUGGGGAGCGCCAUAAGCCAAAUGCGUUUCCCAGCCUAAAAAGCCGAGAAAUGGAAAUGUCAGGGCAGCACCGUAGAGUCGGAAGCAGC